AUGGAAAUCCAAAUAGCUGAGAGCCGCCAGCCUCCCGCUAUCGAUGCUGGGCUCAAGUUUGAGCGCAAGAUGACGGUUGAGUACCGCACACUCAGCAUCCAACUCAGCCGCCAAACCUCUCGCCCCCUCCAUGGCGCUAAGCCUACUCGCAAGUAUAACGCUCUGCUCAGCCGCUUCAAGUUCCUUCGUCGCGGAUACCAGCAGCGCGAAGAUGAGCAUUCCGAGCACGAGGCCAAGCUCGGUGCCACUGCCGAUGAGCUGAGCACUCUCAAGUUCCACCUCGACACUGUCGAUGAGACUCUGACCAAGUUCAGCACCAGUCCCAUCCAGGGACUCGAGACUAACGCCAUCAAGCGGUGCCGCGAGCGUGACGGUCCUAACGUUUUGAGCGCACCGCCUAACCGUAUCUGGCUCAAGAUCUUCCAGUGGCUGUUCAGUGGGUUCUGUCCACUGCUGUGGAUUGCUGCUAUUUUUGUCUGGAUUUCGUGGAAGCCGCUUGGUAAACCAGCCAACGUUCAGUACCUGGCUUUGGGGAUUGCUAUCUUGCUUGUCAUUUUCCUGCAGGCUGGGUUCAGUGCAUGGCAGGAGUGGACCACAUCGCGGGUCAUGGCGUCCAUCACCGGGAUGCUGCCUACCGAAACCAUGGUUACGCGCAACGGCAACAAGACCAGCGUUGCUGCCACCGAGCUUGUGCAGGGCGACAUCGUUCAUGUCCGCGGCGGUGACAAGAUUCCUGCCGACAUCCGUCUGAUAGAAGUCUCGCGCGACCUGCGCUUCGACCGCUCAAUGCUCACUGGCGAGUCAGACCCGAUUGUUGCCACCAUCAACCACACCGACGAGAACUACCUGGAGACUCGCAACAUUGCCGUCAUGGGAACCCAUGUCACGCAAGGGUCUGGCACUGGCGUUGUCAUCGGUACCGGCGACAGCACCGUCAUGGGCCGCAUUGCCAAGAUGACCGCCAGCAAGAAGAAUGAGAAGACGCUACUCCAGAUUGAAAUCACUCGUUUCGUUCUGAUUGUGGCCGCGCUUUCGCUUACCAUCGGCACCCUCCUGAUCGUCCUGUGGGCCACCUGGCUCCGUCACUCAUUCCCCACCUUCUUGUCGCUCUCUGAUGCACUUGUCAAUAGUGCUGGUGUUAUUGUUGCAUUUGUUCCGGAGGGCUUGCCUAUCUGCCUGACGCUCACAUUGACUCUUGUUGCUAAGCGCAUGCAACGCCAGAAUGUACUGGUCAAGAACCUGACUACUGUCGAGACCCUGGGUUCGGUUAACGUCAUCUGCUCCGACAAGACCGGCACGCUGACCCAGAACCAGAUGGCCGUCGUCCACGCUGGCUUUAUUGACACCGACGUGUCUACCGACGAUCUGAAGACUCGCUUCGACUCUGGAAAGGAUGUUGCUGUCCAGCGCCUGUACGACACCGCAGCACUCUGCAACGGCUCGUCGUUCGACCCUGCUUCCAUGGACAAGCCAUUGCCGACCGCCGGGUCAACGGCGAUGCCACCGACUCCUCAGGCCAAGUACACCAAGCUGUUUGAGAUCCCCUUCAACUCCAAGAACAAGUGGAUGCUGUCGCUGCGCAAGCUUGCAGGCACCCCAUCUGCGCCGGUCCUGCUGGUCAAGGGUGCGCCGGAUGUACUUCUCCAGCGCUGCUCGUCGAUCCAGAACGCCAGCGGCGACGUGCUCCCGCUUGACAAGGACAACCUCGAGCGGCUGCAGGGACUCCAGCGCAAGUGGUCGGGCGAAGGACAGCGCGUGUUGAUGCUGUGCCGCCGCGAGUUCCAGGGCACCAACCCGUUUGCCGGCAUCGAGGAUGACCAGGCCAAGCUCGAUGAGGUUGUCGCUGCCGUCAACACCGACCUGACGAUUGUUGGGCUUGUCGGCAUUGUCGACCCGCCGCGCAAGGAGAUCCCGCAUGUUGUCGACACCUGCCGCCGCGCCGGUAUCCGCGUGUUCAUGGUGACUGGUGACUUUGCUCUGACAGCCGCGGCUAUUGCGCGCCAGUGCAAGAUCAUCACCAACGAUCGCGUUGACUCCAUCGACGACAUCCGUGCCAAGGCCCUCCAGCACGCUCCUGGUGCUCUUGCCGAUGCCGGUGUCGAGAAGAAGACGCCGUCGAUUGACUCGUCGACUGACAAAGGAACCGUGACGACUGCCGGGCAUGGCAACGAUGGCAUUCGCAGCCUGGUCCUGUCUGGCAGCGAGCUCGUCGGCCUGCAGCCUGAGCACUGGGACAUCAUCUGCCACUACACCGAGAUCGUGUUUGCGCGCACGACACCUGAGCAGAAGCUACUGAUUGUCCAGGAGCUGCGCAACCGCGAGUGCUAUGUUGCUGUCACCGGUGACGGUGUCAACGACUCGCCAGCGAUGAAGGCAGCCCACAUCGGUGUUGCUAUGGGCAGUGGAUCCGAGGUCGCCAAAGAAGCCGCCGACAUGGUCUUGCUCGACAACAACUUCUCGUCCAUCCUUGUUGCCAUCGAGAACGGCCGUCUUGUCUUUGAGAACCUGAAGAAGGUUGUCCUAUAUCUAAUGCCGGCUGGCUCGUUCUCUGAGUUCGUUCCAAUGUUCCUGAACAUGGUGCUCGGCGUACCCCUCCCACUCUCUGUUAUCUUCAUGAUCGUCAUUUGCAUGCUCACUGACGUGUGGGCCAGCAUUUCACUCAUGUACGAGGCGCCGGAGAGCGACAUCAUGUACCGCAAGCCGCGUAACCCAAAGCGCGACCACCUGGUGAACUUGAAGUUCUUCAUCCAGGCAUAUGGAUUCAUCGGCAUCCUCGAGUCGCUGUUUGCGCACGUCAUCUUCUUCAUCUUCAUGUACUGGAAGGGCGGGUUCUCGCCAAGCCAGCUGUUCCUGGCGUUUGACAAGUGGACACUCGGUGAGUUCCCCGGAAAGACUGCAGCGGAGCUGAGCGAGCUGUUGAAUACAGGCGAGUCGGUUUUCUUCCUGUCGCUGGUGGUUUUGCAGUGGGGCAAUAUGUUUGCGACCCGCACCCGCCGUCUCAGUGUCUUCCAGCAGAACCCGUUCUGGGGUCCGACCAAGAACCUGCGUCUGCUAUGUGCGAUUCCGUUCACACUCGGCAUUACGUUCCUGUUUUGCUAUGUGCCAUGGUUCAACAACAUCUUUGGCACACACCAAAUCCCGGCACCGUUCUUCUUCAUCCCGAUGCCUUUCGCCAUCGUUAUUCUUGUCCUGGACGAGCUCCGCAAGCUAACAAUCCGAAUUCGUCCGUCAGGUUUCCUUGCCCGGAUUGCAUGGUAA